UCAUCCAUUACUGUAAUAUAUACUAGUUCCAUCAGUCACAUCUCUCAACAUCUAUAUAUAUAUUUAUAUAUAUAGAUAUAUGUUUGUGUGUGUUUAUGGCUGACCCUAAUUCGAAAAUUCCAGAGAUUAUUAGUCAAACAGCAUCUUACCCAAGUCGGCAGCUACAGGUUAUUGCUGCAACUGCAACAACUGUAACGGCGGCGGCAGUUGGUGAGGAUAAGGUAACGGAAACGACGACAACAACGUUGGAUAUUGAGAAUUUGCUGUCUCCGAGGCUGGCAGAACAAGGUCAGGCUGCCGCGGCCUCUUCGCCGACGGGAGGCCGCGGGAAGCACCCAAAGUACCGCGGCGUUAGGAGCCGGAGCGGGAAAUGGGUGUCGGAGAUUCGGGAGCCGCGGAAGACGACGCGGAUUUGGCUGGGGACGUAUCCGACGCCGGAGAUGGCGGCGGCGGCCUACGACGUGGCGGCGCUGGCCCUUAGGAGCGCCGAGGCCGUGCUCAACUUCCCUGCCUACGCCGCCCGGUACCCCGUCCCCGUUUCCUCCGAGGCGGCGGAUAUAAGACGCGCCGCUGCUAGCGCGGCGGCGAUGAUGAAGCCUGAGAGCAGCAGCGGCGAUGGCGGCGGUAGCCGCCAAGAGAGGAAAGAUGAUCCGUCGGUUAACACAGAGUAUAUUGACGAAGAAGAGCUGUUCGAUAUGCACAAUUUGCUGGUGGACAUGGCCGGAGGAAUGAUGGUGAGCCCGCCGAGGAUCAACUCCUCCCAUCCCGCCGAUGAUUCCCCGGAAAACUCCGACGCCGAAACCCUCUGGAACUACUAAUCAUCUCAGAUUCAUCCCAAUAACUUCCAAACACUCCAUUUUCUAUUCAUAUCAAGAAAAACAAAAUCCCCCAUUUUCAUUGUAUAUUAAUAAUAUACUGCCUAGUGAACUAAACCCGUGCAGACAAAUAUAUGAUAUAUAUUGGCCGAUGGAGGGAACCAUGAUCGAACAAUCCCGAACUUAUGCUACUAAACUACAAGGUUCUGCGAAUCAUCACCUAAUAGUACUUUCCUUUCAUUCAAGAAAUGCUUUUUGCUGUUUGUAUUUCAUAUAUACAUAUCAGCGUUUGAUUUUCUGGUUGUUCUUGUUCUUCAUCAUCAUCUGAUCUCUUGUUCUGAGCUUCCAAGAUUUGAUCAGAAAGUCUGAGGUUUCAGAAUAUUGAGAUUUUUAGUAAGGUCAAACAAAACGUUUUUCAAUUUCUGAAUCUUCUGUUUGUCGUUCAAACGGUUUUCUUGUCUUCACUCUAUCAAUUAAUGCAAAUAUUAUCAUGUUUUGUGAUUUUAUAUGAUAUAUAUAUUGCAGAUAUUCUCCCUCCUACCAAGAAACAGUUGACUUUUCCUGGGAUGUAA